AGAUGAGGUCAAGUUUUUCUCUCAAUCCCAGUUGCAGAAGACCCCAGUUUUGUGGUGACAGCCUACCGUAGUACGUCUGAGUCUGUCCGUGUGUCCUGGUCUGCUGAGGAUGCUGGGACGAACCCACCUGCUCACCCCUCCACUGUGUAUGUGGUCUUUGUACAGCAGGGGGAUGGAGAGUGGCUCCAGGUCAAUCAGACUACCUCCUCACUUCUCACGGCAAAGGGGCUCCCAACAUGCCACAGGUACCACCUGCAGGUCGCAGCAGUGGGCCGGCGGGGUCUCCAGAGGCUCUCUCCAGUGGUCUAUCUCGACUAGCAGUGUCACAGACCUGACCAUUGGAACAGUGAUGUUUGAUGGAUCCCGCUUCCAGGCAGCCGUGACUUGGCAACAUCCUGCCUGGUGGGGAGAGGCAGGACAACUUACACACUACAGCAUCUCUGCAGACAGGUCUCCCUACUGUCAGGACAAGAUAUUCCCUUUCAGUUCUGAACGUCACCUCACAAAUGAGACAAGACAAGUUUAUCUGGAUGUACCAAAGGGUGGGAUUGGCUGCAUUAUCUACUUCAAGCUUCAACCCUACACUACAUGUGGUGCAGCUGAGGGAACCGUAAUUGUGUUAGAUCUCACAGAUUGUUCCCAGAUUGAGAAUUACACCUGCGUACCUGAAACACCAGGCCCAGUACAGAACAUCCGUGCCACAGUCAUCCCCAUGUCUGACGGGAUCUCCACAAACCUGACAUGGGACAGGCCGAGCCACGGCACAGGCCAGAUCUCCAGCUUCCUGGUCAGAUGGGGACAGUGUGUCACUGUCAGUUUUCUCAGCUGGAUCAACGAUACUACUGCAAACUCUACUAUAGUACCAGGGAACGUACAACACUACCUUUUGAGAGAGCUCAGACCAAGUGGACGCUAUGGAGUGCAGGUGCUUGCCUUGACCCCUUAUUAUUCCGAGAAUGAUGUGAACUUCCACAUAGCUCAUGUCACCUGCUUCGAAACAGGGGGUCUUCAUGUUCAUGGUACUACAGAAGUAACCCUAUCCAAGAUGAGGACAGCCCUACUGGAGAGCACCCUGCCCUAUGGCCUGCCAGUUGGAGAAACCAUCCCUCCCAGUGCCUCCACCAGUCCCCUGCCUCUGUACAUCUACAUUGUCCCAGCCUGUAUAGCUGCCAUCCUGCUGGCUGUCUCCUACUGCUACUAUCGCCACUACAAGUUCUCCAGCCUGACCAAGACUGUAGAUGAUGAGGCAAUGUGGAAGAAGAACAUCUACAUCGCAGGUCAUCAUCAACCUGCAGACAGUUUGGACGUUGUAAAACCGGAGCCAUGUGAUCGCUGGGAAAUCCCCUUCUCGCGCCUCACGCUUUACGAGACACUUGGUCGAGGUGCCUUUGGCAAGGUUGUGAGAGGAGUCCUGAUGGGCAGCGUACCAACACACAGGAAGGCCUCCUCCCCCAUCGCAACAGAGAAGGCCAAGAGCUUCAAUGUGACGGUGGCUGUAAAAAUGCUCCAUGAGUUGGCAGGAGAGUGCCAAGUUCAGGCCUUCCUAGAAGAGAUCCAGCUGAUGAAGAGAGUUGGUUAUCAUCCCAACGUGGUGAGUCUGCUGGCCUGCUGCACCACCGGGAGUCCUAUCUGCCUGGUCGUGGAACACAUGCCACAGGGCGACCUCCUCCGCUAUUUGCGGAGCAAGCGUUCCCAGGUCUAUGCAGGCAGUGGGGAUGAACUUCUCGGAGGGGAGGGCAGUCUCACCCAGAUGAACUUACUGUCCUUUGCUAGACAGAUAGCAGUGGGAAUGGAAUUUCUGUGGCAGAAAGGGUUUGUGCAUCGCGACCUGGCAGCCCGAAACGUCCUUGUAGGAGACGAUGGGGUUGUAAAGAUUGGAGACUUUGGACUGACUCGCUACGUUUACACGGACAAGAUCUACGUCAGCAAGAGAGGCGGCAAACUGCCAAUCAAGUGGAUGUCACCAGAGGCCAUCUUUGACCAGACUUUUACGGCACAGAGUGACAUCUGGUCGUUUGGAGUGGUUCUUUGGGAGCUGUCGACCCUGGGGGGCUGCCCCUACCCCGGCAUUCAGAACAGGGACAUGCUAGCUCUGCUGCAGAGGGGACACAGGAUGGAGCAGCCAGAAAACUGCCCUGAUGAGAUGUACCAGUUGAUGCUUACCUGCUGGCACGAGCGUCCAGAAGAUCGCCCCUCUUUUACUGACAUCCGCAACUUCUUGGAGGACCUCAUGGAGAAAGACACCCCCUACCUGGACCUCCGAGUGGACCGGUCCAAGGACUACUACAAGGCGGUGGACAGCAGUGAAGAUGACAGUGUGGAAGUUGUUGAACCCGGCACUUCUUGUCUCGUAGCUCCCUCAGCUGCCGGGCAAUCUGCAACUUUGCCACCAUCUUCUCUUGAGUCUGCUGGGACCAUGUCAGCCAACCAAUGGCCAGCCAUGGUACCUUCUGAGUGGAGCCCUCCAAAAGGCAUAACCUUACCCAGAACAUCUAAGGAGUCACUCUCCAGCCAACCUUCGUCCCACCCUGACCUUACAGACAGCAACAGUUCCCAUGUUUGAAACUGACUGUAUGUAAAAGGCUACAGAGAGUACAACUCUGACAGUAGAUUCUGAUUCUCUGCAAAUGCUGACUGAGAUAUGUCCAAACUUUCGGUAACACAGUUGAGCAUUUACUGCAUUUGGGUACUACCAUUUGGGUAGUCAUACUAGUAGUAGAAAUAUCUACUAGUAUACAUUGUAUAGAUCUAGUACAAUUUGGCUGGCAACUGUCUAACUCAAUUGACAGUUUGUCUGGUAAAUUAUUUGGCCUAAUUCUACUAUUCUUUCAGCAAGUACACACACACACUACACGCAAACAUACAUGUACACACAGACCUCUGAACACAAGCAUGCACACACUGCACACACACUUCACCUCAGCCUCCUAGAUGGGCUGACCAAUAAACUGACCAUUGUUUAUGUA